UAUAUCUCACCCCGACUUCAGCAUGUCCGUCCACAUCGCUGUCCUGGACACUGAUGUCCCCGCUCCAGCCGUCUAUACUGCCCGCGGCCUAUACUCGUCUCAAUUUCGCGAUCUUCUUCAAUCCGCCGCCGCACGGCUAUCUGAAGCUGGACGUAAAAUCACCAUCUUCACCUCAGCCUACGAUGUCGUAGGCGGAACAUUUCCUCCACUGGAGAGCCUGCGCACCACCAAGCGCCCAGAAAACCAUGACAAUGAGGUCCAGACCUCAAACCCCCUAGCACAGCCAAUCGACGGCAUCCUCAUCACAGGCGCCGCCGCAGGAGCCUACGACACCGCGAUACACCCAUGGAUUAAACCCCUAGAGUCUUGGAUCCAAACAGUAUAUACCCAAUAUCCGCAUGUAAAAUUCUUCGGUUCCUGCUUCGGCCACCAGAUUAUCGCGCAGGCAUUGCUCUCCGCAUCGGCCCCGCAAUAUACGCCGGGCCCCGCCAUGAAAGUUGAGCUUUGUCCGGAUGGGCGCGAAACGGGCCUCGUUGCUAUUGACUUGUCACCGGAGUUUGCGGCUUCGUUCCCGGAGGCCGUGAAGAAGCUCCCUGGCGCACAGAAGCAGAUGCGACUUCAGGAGAUCCAUGGGGACUGGGUUGUCCCUGUUGCUGGACCGACUGCGGAGUUGCCCGCCGGUUGGGUCAAUGUUGGGUCCACAGAGAUGUGUCCAGUUCAGGGAUUGUAUUAUCCUGGGAGGGUUUUGACGUAUCAGGGGCAUUUUGAGUUCGAUGUCUUUGUCAAUCGCGAGACGUGUCUGGCGUUUGGGAGGAGGUUAAAGUGGUCCGAGGAGGAAACUGCCCAUUAUGUUGGAUUGAUUGAGGGGAAGGGGGAGGAUGAUUCGAAAGUUGCGGCUGAGGUGGUUGCUAUGUUCUUUGGUGGUUUGAAUGCCUGAGGUGGAUAGGACAGGUGUCUUCCCUGCCUCAAGAUCUGUCAUUGUAUAUAGGUUGAGCUUGCAAAGGGUUGGGCACUGGGGUAUCAUGGGAAGAUUUAGGGGUGUGAUUCACAACUGUAAGCAAUGUAAAUAGUCAGUUGGGUGUACUUGAUCAGCGUCGCCGUUUGAAUAUAAGGAUCGUGUUUGGAUAGAGGAAGAACAGCGCCUACCACGGAUACGUUAGCUAAGACUAUGACCACUGAAUCCACUUUUAGUAUCGUGGAAUAACUUCAACCUACA